AUGCCGGUGCUGGGCGCCCUCGCGCCGUUGUCCUUCGCGCCGCCCGUGCGCCGCCUCACCGCCGCGGGCACCGCGGCGGCGGGCGCCGCCAGUGCGGUGCUGGUGGGCCGGGAGCCGUGCAACGCGUUGCAGGAGACUUCGGACCAGUUGGAAUGGCCAAACACCAGACUGGAAGCAUAUCUCAAGAGUCGAGGAUUUGAUCCAGGUAGCUCGACGCGCCCACAGCUGGAGAUUGUCGUACGCAUACAUGAUGAAGAAUAUGGACACACCUGGUAUCGAUUAGAUUGCACCAUCCUUUACCCAGGUGGUGAGACCUAUGUUUGGUUCAGCAGCAAGCGCCUGUGCCAUUUUCGGCAACGCCUUCACGACCGGCUGAAGGAUGCCAUGUGUCCUGAAGACUAUGAGAAACUCUUUGCUUCUGCUCCCUUCGCGCGACAUGGUGGGCUGGCGGGUACGACCAAGCGUUUGAGUGCCUGGUGCAUGAACCUGGCAAGGAGUGCGAAUGGCGAGACCUUCCCUCCACAAUUUCUGGUUCUGGUUUUGUGCUUUAUCGAUACGCCACGGUACAUCGCUGGUGCACUGCCGUUUUGCAUCGAUCGCUCCAUGGAGCGUUUGGCCUAUCGCAUCGAGGACAGUGGUUGGUUUGUGCGCUUCAACUCUGUGCAAGUACUUCCUCAGGUUGCCGAUACCGGGGACGAUCGUGCCAUCUCAGUUCUGAUCGACAUGCUGGCCGACAAGGAUCAACAUGUCCGCAGCGCGGCGGUGGAGUCUCUGUCAGAGGUGGUCUUCAAAGAUGACCGCUCUGUCCAUCAGACGUUGAGCGUUUGUAUGGAGGACCCAAAUCCUUUGCUCCGUGAAGCCGCUGCACAAGCCCUGCCACAAGUGGCAGAACGCGGAGAUGAGUUCGUGGCAUCAGUGUUGUUUCCGCAUUUGGAGGAUGUGGAUGCCAGAGUCAAGAAAGCCGUGAAGGAGUCUUUGAAACUCCUGGGCCGGGAUGACUUGGUCAGUAGCUUGCGUGCGGCAGGGACGGCCAAGAAACGCUAA